AUGAAAAUUCUGGUGGGAGGGUCAAUUAGGUUNAGCCCUGAGGAACGUCAACUUCUGGUGAAUGAGAUGCUUGGUUCAACUGAUGAAAACGAACCUUUGCAGGCCAUGAUGAAAGAUCCAUUUGGAAACUAUGUUGUGCAAAAGGUUCUUGAAACCUGUGAUGAUCGGAGCCUAGAAUUACUAAUUUCUCGCAUCAAGGUUCAUCUAAAUGUGCUGAAGAAGUACACUUAUGGUAAACAUAUUGUUUCUCGCAUUGAGAAACUUGUUGCAACUGGAGAGCGGCGCAUAGGAAUGUCAAUCUCAGUCUCUUCCUGAGAUCUCCUAACCUGGAAUCUCAGAGUCAGUCUCCUUUGCUGUCAAGAAAACUUGAAUAUGACGGUAAAAAAAGACGAUCCUUCUGUAUAG